AUGGCUGCAGGCAGCGGACUGACCAAGAACCAGCGGCGGCGGCUCAAGAAGCGUGCGCAGAAGCAGGCAGAGGCUAAUGGCGUCAAAAUCGAGCCUGCUAAUACCAGCAACGGCACCACCAAGGCGGAGAAAGAGACAGCUCUUGCACCCCCUCCAGAUGUGGAAGUCGAGUACGUGAGCGCCGAUCUCAGCAAGGAGCUGGCACUUCCACAGGAAGAUCCAGCCUACGAGGAAAUGAUGCGCGUUUUUGGCAAGUUUUCGUCCGCUGAAGAGCUCUGCGGCGCUACGGACAACGAGGACGGAAAGGAUGACGACAAGAAGGAAAAGGAUGGAGCUGACGGAGACGACGAUCAGGCGAAGGAGGAGGCGGAAGAAGAGCAGAUUUUGUCCAGGAAAGCUCGCAAAAAGAGCAAACGCCUGAGUGUGGCUGAGCUCAAGCAGCUGGUGGCCUACCCGGAUGUGGUGGAGGCUCACGACGUCACGUCGGCAGACCCUCGGCUGCUUGUGUAUUUGAAGUCGUAUCGCAACACGGUCCCCGUGCCGCGUCACUGGUGUCAUAAGCGAAAGUAUCUUCAGGGCAAGCGUGGCUUUGAGAAGCAGCCGUUCCAAUUGCCAGAGUUUAUUGCUCAGACAGGUAUUGCUGAAGUGAGGGAUUCAGUUGCAGAGGAUGACGACAAGAAGAGAAACAAACAGCGUGCCAGAGAGCGCGUGCAGCCCAAGAUGGGACGUGUGGAUAUCGACUACCAGGUGCUACACGACGCGUUCUUCCGCUUCCAGACCAAGCCCAAGCUCACUCAAUUGGGUGAUGUGUACUAUGAAGGCAAGGAGUUCGAGGUAAAACUCAAGUCUAAGGUGCCGGGUCAGCUCUCAGAUGAACUUAAAGCAGCACUAGGUAUGGUGGAAGGUGUCCCUCCUCCAUGGCUACUGAAUGUACAGCGAUAUGGCCCGCCGCCAGCAUACCCGAACCUGAAGAUUCCAGGUUUGAACGCUCCUAUUCCAGAGGGUGCGAGUUUCGGCUAUCAUCCUGGCGGCUGGGGCAAACCCCCUGUGGACGAGAAUGGUGUUCCUCUUUACGGCGACGUAUUCGGCAAGACAACUGAAUCAGAGAAGCAGGGAGAAGAAAUUAACCGAGAAAGAUGGGGAGAGCUGGAAGAACAAGAAGGUUUGCAUAGCCUAGCAGGAGAAAUAUGGCUGUAGACAAGUCGCUAACAAUUUUUCUUGAAUGUAGAAGAAGAAGAGGAAGAAGAGGGUGAGGGAGAAGAGGAGCAGACAGAAGGCGCCAUGGAAGGCAAUGGGGACGUUGACGGUCUUGAUGCUACUGGCUUGGAGACCCCUCUUGUGGACGGCAUCUCCAGUGUUGCUUCCGGCCUCACCACGCCUGGUGUCGUGGAUCUGCGCAAGGGCAUCCGGUACGUUGGGAUUGUCAAAGUGUGUUAAUUUUCGCUAACCUCUUGCAUGUGACUUUGCCGAGCAGAGGAACAGAAACGCCCGAUGUCCCACAGCAGCUCUACACUGUACUGGAACAGAAGGAGACGUCAGUCGGUACAUCGCUCUACGGUUCAGGACAUGCGUAUGUUGUUCCAGGUGGAACCGAGGAAUCAAGCGGCACUCGCACUGAGACUGGUCGCGUUAGACGUCGCUUUGAAGACGCGCCACCGUCAGAGUCUGCCAACCCCGUGGAAGACGAAGACGAGGCUGCUAAAAAGAAAAAGAAAGCCAAGACCGACAAGAGCAAGAAACUUAAGGAUUUCAAAUUCUAAGUGUAGGUAUCUCACGUGCUUCUGCAGUAGACAGCAACGUACAACCAACUUGGCAAACCCAACCCAAACAGAUUUUUUGUCCGAAAUGCUGCUGUCCUGUGUAGCUGGCUGGUUAAAUAGAAGUCGCCUAAAGGGGCGGGAGCCCCAUGGCCUCGCGCAAUUCCAUGAUCUGCCGUCGCUCCUCCGGGGGAAGCGACUGGAUGAUCUCGGGUGCCAAGUUCUGCACCUGCUCCAGCAGCUCCUGCUGCUCUGGGUCCAGCUUUUCCAUCAGAUCAUUUGACACGCCCUAAGGUUGCAGCGUUAAAGUAAGUUUAAAAAGCAUUAAGAGCGUAAUAUAAGCUUUGUAGAGAGCGUA